CAGCUCUAAAAUCGGGCACAAAUGAAAAAUUAAUAGAUACAUUAUUUAAAUUACUCAACUAUAUUUUGCCUGAAUUGAUAUUAAUGAAUUUAAGACGUUGGAACCAAGAAAAGGGAAAAUAAAAGAAAUAAUUAAUAUUAAAACAGUAUCAGUAACAAAAAUAUGGUAAAGCAGUCGAGCUGAAAUAGGCAUCUUGAAGCAGCCUAUUGUUCAAAUUGAAAAAAUAUUCGCCCUAAAAAUCUUAAAUAAUAAUAUUAUAGCAUUUGAAAUUACGCUUUUUUAUUAGUUGUGAAGGUUUUAAAAAUCAACAAUAACGAAUUCUGGGUUGGAAUAAGGGUAUGAAUCUCUGGCACUAUGAUGGCGAAAUUUAUUAGAUUUUCAGAAUUUUCUCAGAGUUUAAGAUGCUUUUCUAAAGGCAAAUUUUCUGAAGUACAAAAUCAGUUCUUCCAACAAUUUUGCAAUGUUAAUCAAAACAUUCCAAUUUCAUCAAAUUUCCGAAAUUUGUCUGAAGAGAAUAUGAAAGAUAAGCAAAACAAUUUGCCACCAGAACCACCCAAUCCAGCAGAUUGUUGUGAAGAUGGUUGUGCAAAUUGUGUUUGGUUUAAUUAUGUUACAGAAGUUAAAUUUUAUUAUAAAAAUGAUAAUAAAAAACUGCAAGAGGCCUUUGAAAUUAUUCCAAAUGUUGAACAUCGAGAAUUUGUAAAGAUUUCUUUAAAAGAACUUGAAACAGAAAGAACUAGCUCACCCUAGAAACAAUAUUUAAAAAUAAAUAUUUUAAAAAAUGAAGCAAUUCUUUCAUUUGUGAUUAGAACUCCUAAAUGGUUUCAUAGUUAUUGUGUACAUUUUAAGAAGUGUGGAAAAUUUGUUUGUCCUAAACUUCUGUUGCGCUUUAUUACUGCAUUUUAUAGACAAAGUAGUCACAAAAUUUUUGAGAAAAGUAAUAUAUAUUAUGCUAAAUGUACGGUAGAGUUUUAAAUAAUCGGAAUUGGAUUGCGUAUAAUCCGUAGGUGACCCAAAAAAAAGGGUGUGUGUCAUUCUUCUUAAUCCAUCCUUUCUAUUAUAUUGUAAUGGUUCUGCUAACCUUGAGUACAGCCAACCGGUUUUGUUCCCAUUUUGGAAUGCUGGCAAGAUUGGAUAAGAAUUGGCAAGAUGAGUGACUCUGAAGACUCAUUCAGUGAAGGUGAAGUCUCUCACUUAUGCCAGAAGGCUUUGUAUGUCCAACCUGCCCCCAGAGCUAUUGAUUUGAACACUGUUCCUGCUGAUGGAAAUGAGUUUAUUCACAAAUCCAGGUUAGAAGAUUCACUUCUUGACUUUCAUGCUUUAAAACAUAAUGAAGAUUCAAAAUCUACCGUGGGUAAAGAGAGAAAAGAAGUAGAUAAAGUUUGGAAGAGAAAAGUUGCUGCAGACUUUGCGCAUUUUGCUAAUCAGCUGAAAAGUGUUAGGGAAUUUCUGAAGAAAAAACAUCCUCAAAGGGUUGUAAUGCCUGUGGAUGAUGAAAUAGAAUGUUGUGCUUUUUGCCUUGGAUCAGCAAAAUCCGCAAAAGUGUAUGGAUGCAAUCCACGUUCAUCUGUUAAAGGCCAUUUACCAUUGCUAAGCUACUUGGUUCAUUUGGAGCAGGGGAAAAUUCACAAAAUGUUAGGAUAUACUACUAAAUGGUAUAGAAGUUGUGGUAUGGAUGUUGAUAUUAACAGAUGGAUUUUUUCUUUUCUUGCUUGUAUCAAUAAACCACUCUCAGAUGAACUUGAAGAAUUUCUUGAGGAUUAUUUUGAUGAUUGUAAAAUAUAUUUAAAGACUUGCAAGAAAGAGGAAUGCCGAAGAGUUCAUUUAAUUAUGUCAUUGUUAGAAAACUAUUUUUGUGUAAAAUCUAAUAACCAUAGUGCAUAUUUUGAUCACUUUUUUUGAUAAUAUCAUUAUGUUUUUGCUGUAUUUGAUGAGUUUCAAAGAAGAAGAAUAGUUUAUUUAAUAAUGUUAUUAUUUGAAAUCUGUUUUUGUGUCAAGUCUGCUAACUGUGGUGCAGAUUUUAAUCACUUAUUUUUAUAAUUUCAUAACAGUGUUGAUUUUAUGCACUUAAAGAGCUGCACGGAGAAGAAAUAACUAAGAGUUCAUUUAAUAAUGUUAUUAUUAAAAAACAAUUUUUGUGUAAAAUCUAGUAACUGUGACCUAUAUUUGAUCAUUUAUUUUGAUAAUUUCCUUACAGCGUUAAUCUUUCUCUUUGCUAUAGUUAUAAAAGUUUUAAUUAGCGGUAUUUGUGCAUAAUAGAAGCUGACAGAUAGUGUUCAAAAUUCAGUUACCAAAUAUAUGUAUGAUAAAAAUUCGUGAUAGAGGAAUAAAUUAUCUUUACAUAUUUGAUUUCCAGUUUUUUUAUUAAUAAAUUAAAUGUCAAGUUAAUCAUUUUUAGUUUUUAAAAGGCAUUUUAGAUUCAUGAUUAAGCAAUAAAUUGCAACAUAAAUGCAAUAGAAGUACAAAAAUAUUUAUUUAUCAAUUUUUUUAUUUAUUUUUUUUUAAAUUGUGUAUGACAUCUGCAAACAAAAUACCAAUUUUGCAAAAUUUACUUUCGAGUCUAAUCUAGAAUUUUUAUCAUGCAGAAAUACUUAUAGACUAUUUCUACUUUCACUCUUAUUGUUAAGCACAGUAUUUGGAUUCACUGUUAUUGGCUGUUUACCAGGAUUCUAGAUAGCUCUUGGCAUCUCAGUAUUUAUUUUUUGGCAUCUCAGUAUUUAUUUUAAGUACAUCUUAAUUUUUCACUCUCUGACAGGAGAGCCUUUUAUGCUAAGAUCUUGCAAAUUUUUUGUUGCCAAUCUAGCUAUCUAGGUUAAUUGUAGUGUGUGUCUAAUUUAAAACAUUUGUGUGUAUGUGUAAUUUUUUCUUAUCUGAAGUGUAUUACAUUAUUUCAUUCUGUAAAACAAAAUAUUUUAACUAGCAUCUCAAAUAAUUUUCAUUUAAGUCCUUCAUUUAAAUUGUCAUGUAGUUUUAUAAUUCAUGUACAGUUUCUAUUGUAUUGAUUUUUUUAUGUCUCUCAAUUGGAAGCAUAUAGUAAUUAAAUUAUAUUUUACCUUAUAUGUUACACUUAUAAAUAACAGAUUAAUAUUCUAAAUUUUUGCCCAUUUGUUCCAUAUCAAAGAAUGUGAAAAUUACUAACUCAUAUGAAAGAGUUAAAUAAAUUUGUAUUCAAAAAUUUCUAUUACUAAAUAAACAGUAUUUUACAUUGA